AUGCCCCAAGAUCCCAUCGUUUCAACCGGCCGUGGAGGUGCUGGAAACAUCGGUCAGGAUCCGACUGUUUACACCGACGGCGGCAUCGUUCGUGAAGGCUACCUCGGAGCAGGCGAUGGCGACUACUCCACCGGCCGUGGCGGCGCGGGCAACAUCGCGGUGAGCCCACGAAUAAAGCCCCAGACGGAGGGCGUGACACGGCUUUCAGAGGAUGUUAUCCCGGAGACGGACUUGCGCACGACUGAAGGAUAUGAAAACUUCCACACUGGUCGCGGAGGCUCCGGCAAUGUCUACAAGGAGAAAUAUGGCGGCCACAGCCACAAAGCUGGCGAGUCCUUCGGCGACAAGAUCAAGCAGCUCCUAGGCAGGGAUAGCAAGGAUGAAAAGGCUUAA